AAAACUCUUGUGAAUCAAACUUUUGACAUUAUUUUACUUUUUCGACGUAGAUAUGAGUGACUUUCAAAACUCAUUUAUAAUUCAAUCUAAUUAUUAUCUAAGUGUGUGUUUAAGAUAAUGCGAUGCAAUAAUAAUGAUAAUCAACAAGAGACCAGUCAUACAACCCAUCGAUGCUUAAGAAGUUCGUGUUCAGCAAACGGUUGUAAAGCUGGUCCGGGUUUACAGUUUGGUCGACUCAUACCGACGCCAACCAAAAGAAAGAAACAAAAAGUGAAUAAAUUAUUGAAAGACAAGAAUUUGUUUGAAAACAACAACAAUAGAGAUAUUUUUUAUACGGACGACGAAUCUCAAGAUUUAUUGAUUCAUAAGUGCUCUUCACUUAACUUUGAAUCGGUUGACAAACACUCAAAAGCCGUCACAUUUGUGGCCAAAGAAUUCAACGAUAGUGUUGACACUGAUUCAGAAAAGUGGUAUUCAAAGAAAGUGAAUGAUUUAUUGGAUUUGUGGUCACAUAAAGCCAAACAUAUAAUUAAUUCUUCAGCAAUUCACGAAUUAUAUAUUCAAUAUCUAAAUCAAAGUCAAUUACAAAAAGAUUUAACAAAAACAGAUUAUACUUACGCUAAGAGUAUCAGUUAUAAUAAGAAUAUUUCAAAUACUAGUAAUCUAUUUGAUUGGUUGGUACCAAAUAUGUCCCGCAAAAGUAUUUCGUCUUCAGUUAAGACUUCCACCCAAUUGUCUCGUACUUUGAGUACACACACGAAAACAGAAAUAAUUAAUAAUUCAAUUAAUAGUUCAAACUUAAUGCUCUCUAAUACUGAAAGAGAGUCAUCCGUGUCUCCCGACAAACGAUCUCCAAAUGAUCAGAUGUUUACUCGAAGUCAUUGUUUGGGUGGAAAUCAAUGCGAGGCCGGUUGUGAAGUGCAUAAGAAAGCCAGACGAAGAUACAACAAAUCGGGAGAAAUACUAAUUCCUAAUUCAGGACAGGGUUUGGAACCAAUGGAACCAGAAAUUGAAUUUAGUGACGACGAUGACUAUGCAAUGAAUAACAGACGGAAUCAACAACUACUCAAUAAUUAUCGACAAAAUGGUCACACAAUUAAUGAAAGAUAUAAUUAUUAUGAAGAUGAGGAUGAAGAAGAUGAAGAAGAAGAAUUGACAAUAGUUAAGAGAGUGACCAAUAUUUUUAAGACAACUAUAAACAAUACCUCUCGAAUAAUUGAUUCUGUGACACCAAAUGCCGUCAAACGGGCCACCAAUAAGUGUCCUUUAAUUUUCCGAUUUGUGGUCUUAUUAUUGUUUUUAACUCCUUGUAUAUAUUUAUUGAGUCAUUACAUAUCUAGUCCACUGCCUUACAGUUCAUUUGAUGGACUGGUCAGUGAUUAUGCGGCCAAAGAUGCAAUCAAUGCUUUGAUUAAGGAAAUGAAGACAAUGCGUAAUGAUUUGAAUCAAUUGAGACAAACAAACAGUGAUAUGAAUUCAAAGAUGAAAAACAAUGAAUUUAAUGAAAAUGAAAAGUUUACGCAUUUGAGUGAAAAAAUGGAUAAAAUUGAAGAAUAUUUGAAUAAUUCUUUAAAGAAUUGCUGUCGAGAAUAAU